UUCUUUAUUCCGUCUGUCAGCAUUUUCACAGAGACAGAGACCACCACUGAGAAAGAAGAGUUUUGCUGAAGAAAUAAAGAAGAAUCUCUGAUCUCUAUGCAUUUUCCGUGUCCCGCGAUCUACUGUUUUUCAUAUCUUCCUUUUGACCUCUCAAACCCUAAAACAUUAGAAUCACCCAAACCCUACAACCAGAAGAAACGGCUACUCCUUCCACUUACUGUGUCCCUCGAGCUACUCCAUUUCAGUACUCCUCUCUCUCGCUCUCUCUCAAAACCCUAAUCUGGAGCUCUAGCUGCUGCAGGAAAUGGCGGUCUUGUCUCUCGCUUUUCUCGUUUUCUCUCUCUUAACCUUCUCUGCAAAACCCAUCUCUUCCUUCUCGUUCCCACGAUUCCAGAAAACCCCCAAUAUUAGUUCCGAAAUUGCCCUUUUCGGCGACGCCGAGAUAAACGGUUCCGAUUCUUCGAUCAGAAUCGCCCGGCCUUUGUUUUCCAGCUUCGGCAGGGUCUUCUAUAAGAAACCCAUCAAUUUCUUUGAUCGGAGAUGGGGAAAAAUCUCUUCUUUCUCGACCGAGUUCUCGUUCUCGUUCUCGUCCGGUAGCAACGGCGUUGCUUUCGUCGUUCUUCCGAUCGAGUUCCCUUUAAACAGGCGGUUUUCAAGGCUUUCGCCCGGGUCGGAUCGAAUCCUCGCCGUUGAAUUCAGCACAUCAUCGGAUACCGAGUUCGACGAUGGCCCAGCUAAUGGGACCCACGCGAGGAUCUUGAAAAUCCACGACGUAUCUGCUGUGGGUUUGGUGCUGAAUAGUGGGGAGAAAUUGCAUUCUUGGAUUGAUUACAAUUCGGUUCUGAAGGAGUUCGAAGUAAGGUUGAGCAGAUCAGGUGCGGCCCGGCCACUCAAUCCGUUGAUUUCUCACCCGAUCGACCUGUCAGAGAUAUGGAAGGAUGAGAUGUUUGUGGGUUUAAGCUCUUGGAGUCGGAAUUCCACUCGGGCGAGCAGUGUCUAUUCCUGGAGCUUCAGGUUGAACUAUGUACCGGUUUACUUGCAUUCUGAACCGUUAGAUCCUCGGGCAUUUUUAGAGCAUAGAAAACACCGGUCAAUGCAUUGGAGAAGUGAUUAUGUUUCGAGAAUUCUCACCGCUCUUAUAUUUGGUGUGGGAUGUGGGGCCGCUGUUGCCGUUAUCGUGCUCUUCCUCUGGUCGGUGUUCGUCGACAAGCGAUCGCUGGUGCAGCCUGAGUGUCCUGUGCACCCUGUGGAUUUCGAGUACGAAAAGAUCACAACCGUUGGAAUCAAAGAUGCCAACGUCCCUGUUGCUGGGAAAUAGAAGAUUCAACGGGGUUCUCUUACUCUCAGCGCAGUUAACAUUUUUCAAAGGGAUUGGCUACCUAGCUUUAAGAUUUUCAAGCUGAAUCACACGGUUAUGACACUCUUAGUCUCAGUAACAUUUUUUCGAAGGGUCCUUACUUGUUUUCCAAAGUAUUAUGCCAUCCAGUUCUUGGGACAUACAUGACCUGUCUUUAUUUUUCGCUGUCCAAAAUUAUGUUUCUAUAUUAAUGCUGUUGAAUGGUUGUAAUAUAAAUUAAUCCAAGAAGACUUUGGGUUUUCGUUGCUGA